AUGUCCCACUUCUCCAAGACGCAAUACAAUGCCUUCUCGGAGUCGUACGAUGCGGUCAACGACCUGCCCAUCUCGCGCGCCAUCGUCAUCAACGUGGAACGCCUGAUCCGGCCACACAUCCGCGGGAAGCGCGUGCUGGAGCUCGCGUGCGGGACGGGUUUCUUCACGCGGCACAUGCUGGACUGGGGCGCCGCGAGCGUCGUGGGCGUCGACGUGUCCCAGGCCAUGGUGGACAUUGCCACGAGCGAGAUGGCCAGGCAGAGGCCCCAGCACAAGGGCAAGUAUAGAUUCAUGGUGGCAGAUUGCAGUGCGCCGUUUUCCGCCCACGCCCACGCCGGCGAAGGGACAGAAGGAGAAGAAGAAGAAGAAGAACAAGAAGGUGGAGGGGAAUUCGACCUCGUCUUCGCCGCGUGGCUACUAAACUACGCACCAGACCAGCCCACCAUGACCGCCAUGUUCCGCAACAUUUCCACCCACCUCAAGCCCGACGGACGGUUCAUCAGCGUCCUCCCGCACCCCGAGGACGAUCCCAUGGUAUGCAUCGACCGCGUCAACGCCGCGCGCCAGCUGGGGUACGGCUACGGGAUCCAAGUCCGCAAGUCCCUCGCCCCGGCCAUCCCGCGGGCCUACUACGUGCAUUUGUUCUUCGACUCGACCCCGCCCGUCGACUUCGGGAACUACUACUUGCCCAAACACGUGCACGAGCGUGCCGCGCGGGAAGGCGGCAUGGAGGGCGCAUUGGCCUGGGAGGCCGUCACGCUGCCGGACGACUACGACGAGAUCAAUCGCUACAUGAAAGACCCAGUAAGCCCUGGUUACUUUGAUCGGUGGUUGGAGUAUCCCGACUUUGGGAUCUUGAUCGUCGAAAAGUAA